AUGUUAUUAGGUGAAUCAAUUUUUAGCAAUAUUUCAGCAGUUGCGGAUCCUGAGCUUGCUCCUUCGGCAAGUUCCGGUGAUCUUCAGGAUCCUUUGGAGAAGUUGUAUAAUGCAGCAUUUGGUGACGAACAAUCGUCGCAUGUCUGUGGUGCAAGUACCAUUCCUGCAGGUACGAUCUCCCCAUUGGCAAUCCAUAGUAGUGUCUUAAGCGGUGCUUUUGAUUCUUCUGCGCCAGUUAACUCGAAUUCGGCCAUGCUUGAGGAGACAUCCGAUGUGCAAAAUUUGCAACCGCUCUUCGAGCAGACAUCUUCCAAUGAGGAGUGCAGUAGUGUCCCAGUUUCUGAUCCAGCGAUGGAUUCUGAGUUGCUUGCCUUACUUGGUGGCAUUCCAGAGGCCAACUGUCAGGUUAAUUCGAUCGAGCAAAGGUCGAAGUCGAUGCCAGGUGCUCUUAUCUCUAAGCAUGAAGUCAAGAAAUCUUCCAACGUUACUAAGAACGUGCAAAGAAAGAAAAGAGCUUGCUCCACAUCUUCAACGCUUAAGACUGCUGUUCUUGAUGGCAAAAAGGUUAAGCUGGAUAAGUUUGGUUGUAUUGCCUACACAAGAAAGCAGAGGAGCGCUCCAUUGCCUCCUGUUGUUCCACAAGGUAGCGAUAUGGCGUCACUGAAGAGAGCUAGGAAUACUGAGGCUGCCAGAAGAUCAAGGGCUAGGAAAAUGAAGAGAAUGGCUCAGUUGGAGGGUAAAUGUGAGAAGUUGACUGCUGAGAAUGAGAGACUGAAGGCUGAAAUUGAGUCGUUGAAGCAACGUCUUUCUAUGCAACAACCAUCGAUGUGA